AUGAAAAGCGACGUACAUACGUACAAAGGAAAAUAAUGUUUUGAUGUACAAAUAUUUAUUAUUUCUUUGUUAAAAAUGUUGGUUGUAAGAGAAAAACUCGAAAGAGGUUUGGAGUUGUUAAAGAAAUAUGAAUGGCUGUUGGAUGCCUAUGUACUGGACUUCUUCAUAGACGAUCAUUGGAGUAAACUUCCAGGGAAUUGGCAGAAGCUCUUGGAAAGCAUUCCUCUGGAGAACCUUGGAGAGUUGCUUCAAAAUGAGAAUCAUAAUACCCAGCUGACAUGGCCAUUCGAUCUGAAGAACCUGCAAGAGGAGCUUAGGAAACUCUGCGUCAGCCGUGUACCAAAUCACCCGCCAGAUAACUCCCUUCCUUGCUCACUUCUUGAUCACCCAAAGCUGAAAUACGUGUUCCUAAAGCGGGUUAAGCCAAAGAAGCACCAUGAAAUCAUUCGAAUGGCCGAAAUCUGUGCCCUGAGUCAACAAAAAACUCCUGUGGACUUUAUUGUCGACUUUGGGGCUGGUGUCGGUCACCUGGCACGUGUUUUGGGCUACGGGUAUGGAUUACGAGUGUGCUGCUAUGAGAUGCAACCCGAUCUCAAUCAGCAAGCAAGGGAAAUUGACUUGAAGCUGGAGUCCAUGGCAGCAAAACAUCUGUCACAGGAUGAAACCAGACACUUUCAGCGACCAGUACACCUUACACAUCGCUUGGAGAGCAGCACUACGCCAGAGCAGUUCCUAUCCAGUAUUCGGCAGGCCCUGCAGCUAACAGACGACAAUUUCCGAUUUGGUGUGAUAGGCCUGCAUCCCUGUGGCAAUCUGGGACCGACACUGAUGCGCAUGUUUCUCGGCUGCCCGCAGGCCAAGUUCCUCAAUUUUGUGGGCUGUUGCUACCAGAAGAUGACCACUCAGGCUACCCAUCCCAGGGAGCAAGUCCAUGGGUACCCGUUAAGCAGUGUAAUCAAAGAUAAAAACGGAUGCCAACUCAGCUACGAGGCCCGUGAGAUCUCCUGCCACGCCAUGGAAGUGUAUCACGAUCGUCUGCGGAUGGGGGACUACCAACAUCUCCGCAUACACUCCCUAAGAGCCGCAGCAGAGCGAAUAAUAGUGCAUCAGUUUCCAGAGCUUCGGCACUGUGCGCUGCGAAAUGUAAAGUACUCACCCGGCAUGACGUUUCACCAAUAUUUCCAGAAAGCCGUACAGGGUACUCGCUUUGAAGGUCUGGAUAGCCGAACUCUAAGUAACCGGCAGACGGAAACAGAUUUGGCAAACUGGCAACGGAUAGUUUCAUUCUACACACUUCGAUUAAUGAUGGCUCCGCUGGUGGAGAGCAUUAUUCUUUAUGAUCGCUGCCUGUUUCUAAUGGAAAAUGACUGCCAAGUACAGAUAGAGGCCAUAUUCGAUCCGCGCCUCUCGCCUAGAAAUCACAUCACCAGGGCCGUGAAACCCUAACUUUAGUGGGGCAGAAUUACCCUAAUCUAACCAUAUAUCACGCACAAGCGACAAGCCUCAUCCUUAUCGUUUAAUGCUAUAAAGUGUAACCACAA